CAAUAUUUCCCAGACGAGCAAAUAAAGAUUAUCUCUCAAUUGCUGUUAUGUAUCGAGUUAAAAAUGUAUACCUCAUUUGUGGAUUUUCCGCUAUCGGAGGAGGGCUUUUCGGCUAUGAUAUCAGUUCCAUGAGCGGCGUCAUCGGCACAGCUGCGUACAAGCGAUAUUUCGGUGACCCGGUGUCGUAUCGCCAAGGUGGAAUCACCGCGUCUAUGCCCGCCGGUUCGUUUGUCGGUUCGCUUGCGAGCUCCUUCAUCGCGGAUAGGUUCUCUCGCAAAGUCGCUCUCCAGGUCGGUUGUAUCCUAUGGAUCAUCGGUUCGAUAAUACAAUGCGCCUCCCAGAACAUAACCAUGCUCUGCGCCGGGCGCGUCAUCUCCGGCCUCUGCGUCGGCAUCGCGUCCUCGAUCGUGCCAGUGUACAUGUCCGAGAUCGCCCCGAAGGAGAUCCGCGGCCGCGUCGUGUCGCUGCAGCAGUGGGCCAUAACCUGGGGUAUCCUGAUGGGCUACUUCCUGCAGUACAUCGCGGCGACGGCCGGCGGCGGGCCCGACAACCCGGGCCAGUCCGAGGCCGCCUUCCGCAUCCCCUGGGGUCUCCAGAUGUGUCCCGCCUUCUUCCUCUUCGCCAGCUUGUUCUUCUUCCCGCAUAGCCCGCGCUGGCUCGCGUCGCAGGACCGCUGGGAGGAGGCGGUCCAGGUCAUCGCGGACCUCCACGGCGGAGGCAACGUUAACCAUGCCAAGGUCCUUGCCGAGUACAAGGAGAUCGAGGAGGCGCUGAGGUUCGAGCGGGAGGAGGCGGUUUCUAGCUUCGGCGCCCUGGUCCAGCCGCGGAUCUUGAAGAGGGUGGUUCUUGGGAUGAUGGUGCAGAUGUGGUCGCAGCUAAGCGGGAUUAACGCGAUGAUGUAUUACGUCGUAUAUAUCGUGGAGUCAGCGCAAAUCGGCUCGCCCCUUACGACAGCCGCGGUACAGUAUGUGCUUAACGUGGUGCUGACGUUGCCUGCUAUACUGUUCUUGGACAAGGUCGGACGUCGUCCGACGUUCAUCGUUGGUUCUUUCUUGAUGAUGGUAUUCCUCUUCAUCUCAGGGGCUCUUCUAGCCAUCUUCGGCCAACCAAACACGGGCCAAGGUAACAUCGACAUCACAUGGGUCGUAGUCGACAACGUGCCCGCGUCGUCCGCCAUAGUAGCAAGCUCGUUCUUGUUCGUCGCGGCCUUCGCGACGACGUGGGGCCCGACGUCGUGGGCGUACGCGGCGGAGAUCCCGCCACCGCAGGUCCGCGCGACGGCGGUCAGCAUCAGCACGGCGACGAACUGGCUGUGGAACAUGGUGCUCGCGUUCGCCGUGCCGCCGCUGUUCUGGAGCGCCAACUGGAAGAUGUAUAUGAUCUUCGCGGCCUGCAACGGCGCCGCGUGCCUCCACAUGGGCCUGUUCGCGCACGAGACGGCCGGGCUCACGCUCGAGGAGAUGGAUGAUGUGUUUGAUUCGGGGCGGCCUGCUUGGCGCCCCAACAAGAGACCCAGUCGUCUUGAUGCUUUACAGAAGGAUAUCGAGCAGGGCAACGUCCAGGUCUCUGCCCCAAGUUCUGCUGGUAGCAUGGAGCUGAAAGGGGAUGGGGAUAAAGUAGUUGCGCUAACAACUAUUGAACGGAUUCAUACACACGCGGGACCUGCUAAGUAG